CCUUUUAGCGGGUCCUCGACCCCCCCUGAAACCCCUCUCCUCUCUCUCCCUCCGUUUGGCAAACCAAAACCCCAUAUUUAUUCAAUUUCUUCCCUUUUCUUCAAUAUCUGGGACAUAAAUUUCUUCAGACUCGCGGAAAUUUCAUCAGAUUCAUCUCCAGAACUGGGCGCUCUUUCAUUCUCUGUGAUUUCAUGAGGGCGGAUCGUAUUUGUUGAAAUGGCAAGUUAUUUAGGAAGAGGAUCGCCUUCAAAUGGCUCAGUGUAUGUUUGUAACUUGCCCCCUGGAACUGACGAGAGUAUGCUGGCAGAGUUUUUUGGCACCAUAGGGUUGCUAAAGAAAGAUAGAAGGACUGGACAACCAAAGAUCUGGUUAUAUAGAGAUAAAGUAACUGGCGAACCAAAGGGCGAUGCAACAGUUACAUAUGAAGAUCCACAUGCAGCAUUUGCUGCUGUGGAAUGGUUUAACGAAAAGGAUUUUCAUGGAAGCAUUAUUGGAGUACAUAUAGCUGAGUCAAAGACCAAAGAUUCAGUUGACAAUUCAUAUAACUUGGGCAUUGCUAAUCAACUGGAUCAUGCCGGAGAACCAAGUGUAGAUGGCGAUUUUGGCGGCCAAGGGGAAGAUGCUGGGGAUUUGAAUGGGGUUGGAGGAAGAGGUGGAGGACGGGGUGAUGCUGCAGGAAAAGCAUGGCAACAGGAUGGAGAUUGGUUGUGUCCGAAUACAAGCAGCUGUGCAAAUGUAAACUUUGCUUUCCGUGGUGUCUGUAAUCGCUGUGGAACUGCUCGUCCUGCUGGCGCCUCUGGCACAGGUGCAGGGAGUGGUGGUCGAGGGAGGGGCCGCAGCAACAAUGACUCUGGGGGCCGUGGCCGUGCUGCUGCUGCUGGUGGUCCUACAGGGCUUUUUGGUCCAAAUGACUGGCCCUGUCCAAUGUGUGGCAAUAUCAACUGGGCAAAACGCACGAAAUGCAAUAUUUGUAACACCAAUAAGCCUGGUCACAAUGAGGGUGGUGUGAGAGGAGGCCGUGCUGGGGGUUACAAAGAACUCGACGAAGAAGAAAUAGAGGAAACAAGAAGACGGCGGCGGGAAGCUGAAGAAGAUGAUGGGGAGAUGUACGACGAGUUUGGCAAUCUCAAGAAGAAAUUCCGUGCCAAAAUGCAGCAAGUGGAAUCUGGCCAGAUACUUCCAGGCUCCGGGCGUGCAGGAUGGGAGGUUGAGGAGCUAGGUAUGACGGAGAGAGAUGGUAGAGAAAGAAGCAAAGACAGAGGACGGGACCAUGGUGAGAGGGAGAGUAGCAAGAACUGGGAACGAGAUGGGUACAUGCAUAAGGGAGAAAGGCACCGGAGCCGGAGCAGAGAAAGGGAUAGGGACCGUGAGAAAGAAAGAGGGAGAGAUAGAGAUAGAGAUCGAGAUAGAGACCAAGAGUACGAUCAUGACAGAGGCCGAGAACAUGGGAGGGAGCGUGACCGCCGUCGAGAGUGGUAAUACCAAAUUCCCCCUUCGCAAUUCAAGUUUUCGAUGGUUUGAGAGAGUUUCUGGUCAUUCGGGAGAAGUGGGUCUGAACUAGUGCUUUAUGGUGUACUUUUGGUUUUCCGGUAUUGUAUUUGGAUUCAUGAAAGGAAGUAUUCCUGUGGGAAAAUUAGGAUCCUCUAACUGGAUGAUAUGCCCAGUUUACUUGGAUCUGCAGUUUGUACCGCUGCCCAUGGUUAGUAAUCAAGGCCAUUUGUCUGUUGGGACCCACUGUGGAUGACCAUGCCACAAGAAUAUCCUUGGUAUGACAAUCCUACCCUCUCUGAUUCUCACCAGCCAGUAGAUGAACAAGGAGAGAGCAACUAUCAACAUUCAACUGAGAAACAUCACAGGAUUGGGGGCUAUGUUGUUCCAAUCUUGAAGAUUUUCGGGACAUAGGCACAUCUGUGCAGGCCCCAUCAGACCAAUGGUCGGGAUCAUUACAAAAUUGGCCUAUCUUGUAUGAACCAGAAACCCAAUUAGACUGCAUACUCCAGGUCAAGGAUCUAAUGGUUCCUCUUCAUUAGGUAAAGCUUGUGACUUUUGAUCCCUAAAUCUGCUCUUUUCUUUAGAUUGUGUUCUAGAUUUGAAGUGUGGUCUGGAAGGGGUUAGAAAUGAACAAGUGAACUUGGUGAUUCACCGCCUUUUUCUUUC